CGACUUUUGAUUCCACUUCAGUAAAAGCGACCAAGCAAACGGUACGGAACGCGCUCCACAUUGUGCUGACAUACGUAUGGUAACUUUACUGCGUUAGUUAUGGUUCCUGAGAGCAAGCAGCAUCAGCAGUAGCAGCAGUAGCAACAGCAGCAGCAUUGUUACACUUCAACUGCUGUUGGGGCUUUCCCGGACCAUUCGGCGGAGCAUUAUGCCGCCAUCGACCGAGCACCGUUCCCGAACCCACCGCGCCGAUUGCCGCAGCCCGAGCACAACAUGAGCACCUUGGAUGGCGAUUUGGACCCACUAUGGCAGGACCUCGACUGGGCCAUCGGUCAGAUGCUGAUUAUGGGAUGGGAUGGGACCGAAGUCACACCCCAGAUCCGUACUCUAAUCGAGCAGCAUCACCUGGGCUCGGUCCUGCUAACGGCAAAGAACCUCAAAUCCGCCGAGCAAACGGCAAGACUCGUCCAGGAGCUCCAGACCAUCGCCCGUCAGGCCGGCCAUCCCUACCCCCUGCUGAUUGCCCUCGACCAGGAGAAUGGCGGCGUCAACAGCCUCUUUGACGAGGACUACAUCUGCCAGUUCCCCAGCUCCAUGGGCCAGGCUGCCGCCAGCAGUGCCGACCUGGCCUACAAGAUCGCCAAGGCCACCGCUACCGAAGUCUCGGCCGUCGGUGUCAACCUGAUCUUGGGACCAGUGCUGGACGUGCUCACCAAUGCGCGCUACCAGCCGCUGGGCGUGCGAGCGACCGGCGACGACCCCCAAGAGGUCUCCCAGUACGGCAUCGCCGCUAUGAACGGCUACAAGGACGCCGGCGUUGCCACCUGCGGGAAACACUUCCCUUCCUACGGCAACCUGGAUUUUCUCGGCUCCAGCUUGGACAUCCCCAUCAUCACCCAGACCCUGGAGGAACUCUCUCUGAGCGCCCUUGUUCCCUUCCGCAACGCCAUCGCCACCGGCAAGCUGGACGCCAUGUUUGUCGGUGGCUGUGGCAUCGCGAACCCGUCCAUGAACGUCAACCACGCGUGUCUGUCUGAACAGGUGGUCGACGACCUGCUCAGAAACGAGCUCGGCUUCCAAGGUGUCGCCAUCUCGGAGUGUUUGGAGAUGGAGGGUCUCAGGAACGAGAUUGGCGUCAAAACGGGCACGGUCAUGGCAGUCGAGGCCGGGUGCGACUUGGUCAUGCUCUGUCGCGCCUACGAUGUGCAACUCGAGGCCAUUUCCGGCCUGAAACUGGGCGUGGAGAAUGAGCUCAUCACGAAAGAGCGCAUCUACACGUCGCUCAGGCGAAUCGUCCGCAUGAAGAAGUCGUGCACUUCCUGGCAGAAGGCGUUGAACCCUCCCGGCAUCAGCUUGCUGUCCAAGAUCCAUCCGGGCCACCUCGCACUCUCGCUGAAGGCCUACGACGACUCCAUCGCCGUCAUACGAGACAACGAAAAGCUGCUCCCCUUGACCUCUUCCAUGCACCAGGAAGAGGAACUGCUGCUGCUCACGCCACUGGUAAGGCCGCUACCGGCUUCCUCCAUGACCAAGGCGUUGCUGGAGAAGAAACAAAUCGACCCCGUAACACUCCACGACAAAUGGGUCCACCGUGAUCGGGGAGCCAUCAUGAGCGGCGAGGGAGUAUUUCGCGAGCUCGGAAGAUCCCUCGCUCGUGCAAGGCAUGGGAAGCUGCUACAUACAUCUUACACCGCGAACGGUGUCAGGCCAGUACACGAAAACCUCAUCAACCGAGCCUCGUGUAUCAUCAUCGUGACGGCGGACGCCAACCGCAACCUGUACCAGGCAGGCUUUACAAAGCACGUCUCCAUGAUGUGCUCAUUGCUGAGGGCAAAUGGGCAGAAGAAGUCGCUCAUCGUGGUUGCCGUCAGCUCCCCUUACGACUUCGCGAUGGACAAGUCGGUCGGGACCUACAUCUGCACCUUUGACUUCACCGAGACGGCUAUGGCCGCUCUCGUACGGGUCUUAUGCGGCAAGAUCAAGCCCCGGGGCACACUGCCCGGGACCCUCAGGAAGAGCAGAAAGGUGCUCAAAUCCAGGCAGCACUGGCUCGUCGAGCCGUACGACCGCGACCGAGACGCCAAGGGGUUACAGGACCUCCUACAAUCCUUGGCCAGAGCGAGCGCGCCUGCCCACCAGUUCCUGCAGACCACGAGCGCGCAUUCCUUUGAGCUGUUCAGCCCCAACAUCGAGGAAGCCCACUUCGUAGUGCGCAACAGCAGCACUCAGGCGCUCUACGGCUUCUGCGCAACCUACUUUGUCCAAGGGACGGGAAUUAUCGGCGCUCUCUUUGUCGACCCCGCCAAGCGCAAUGUCUCCAUCGGCAGGUCCCUCCAACGGCGAGCCCUGCGCGGCUUGACCCAGAAGCGCGGCAUCAAGAAGGUACAGCUGGGCAUGUCCUUCCCGGGCGUCUUCCUAGGCAUCCCCGCGGACGACAGCGCCGGGCUCAAGCAGUGGUUUACCAACGGGGGUUGGGACCUGCAGUUCCCACGGCGCCUCGUCAACAUGGCCGUCUCAUCUCUCAACAGCUGGAUUGCCCCCGAAGGGCUGCUGCAGAGCAUCCAGCGCGCCGGCAUCACCUUCGACCUCAUCCACGGCCUGGACAAUGCCGACAACGUGCUGGCCCACGUCAGCGCACACGCAAGCCCGGAGGUGCUGGAGCUGUACCGCUUCGCGCUGCAAGAGACCAAGAGCUGCGGUGUCGUCCGGGCCAAGGGCCACGCCGAGGCGCUGCUUGGCACGGUAAUCGUCUGCAAGCCCGGGAGCACCCUGGCCAGCUUCAUCCCGCCCCUGCAGCCCUCUCCGGCGCGGCCUGACGAGCCUGUCGGGGGGAUCGUGAGCCCGAUCGUGGCGCCGUCGUCGGCUCAGGCAACCUUGGUGCUGCAGGGUCUCGCCCUGAUGGGCCUGCGGCAGAACAAGACGCACAAGUCGCUAAAAAGUGUGCUGAGCUGGGUGCAGGAUGACGCGCAUGAGCCACUGUUGGCUAUGGGAUUCGAAGUGGUGCAGGUCUUUGAGGAGUUUACGAAUUCGCCGGAUAAUUGGCAGGACUUUUCUUGAUCUAAGAUGGCAGCUAGUCUUGGUGUUGUCAUGGUGAACGCGACUUGACUCGUAGUUGAGUGGGUUGGACAUUCUUUCGGCGACUGACGCUUAGAUAUAUGUUAUGCCCGGCUAUAUAUCCCGCAGCAUUAUUUUUUUUUUUUGAUUUCUCUCUUUCCUCGUCACCUUGGAACCUGACACUUCCAAAUUAAAUAUUUUGGUACAUAUUGUGCGCAGGUUGGAGCUGUCCCAGCUGCUAGUUCAUUAUUUUUCUUUUUGCAUUGGAACAAUCUUGAGGUGGUCGGCUCCUGUCGCUUUUGCGCGGCGCGAGUUUAUUGGACUCGUUUCCACCGGCUUAUCUCGCACGGAGCAGCGGCGCCCAGACCCUUGAGAAGCGCCGAGAGACGCCGCCGCCGCCGGGCGCGCGCCAUCAGGAAACCGGGCAAUUUCACAGAAGAGGGGUUUGCCCACCUAAGGAGCCAUGGGAUCCUGCUUUCAGGUUUGGAAGCGGCUCCUGCACCAGGACCUAGUGUAUGCGCAUGAGCAUCACCCCCAAGUUGAUUGGCAAACAACGAAGAGCUAGCUGGUGUGGUAACCGGGCCGUUGCUAUCAAACCUCAGCGGGGACCUUGGCAAGGAUCCAUCCCCAGUUAGGCCUGCUUCCGGGGUAGCCGUGA